CUCAAAAGGUCAAUCACACAACUAAGAAAACAGAACAAAUCUAAAUUUUCGAUUUUUCCAAAAAAUAUUAUCUGACUGAUUUAGAAAAAAAAAAAAAUACCAAUUUAUGAUGUUGGUAAUGGUAAUUGACUAAUUGUUACAAACAAAUAUUUUAAGAAAAAUCCCCAACCCCAGAGAAACCCUUCAUCUUCCAUCAUCUUUCUUAUUCAAUCUGCAAAAAUUCCAAGAUUCAUGGCUACAACAAGACUUAACCCCUCUUGCCACUUUCCAGCGAGCACAAGACUCUCUUGCGAGAGCUAUCUCGGUCUGAGAACGACCGGGAGGAUUAGUUAUGCCCGAACCCUAACUGCUCCACGUGGCUAUCUUGCUGUAAAAGCAAACGGUGGUCAAGCUUCCGUGGUGACUGCGGCGGCUAUAACGGAGAAGCAACAAAAGAAGUAUCCAGGAGAAUCAAAGGGUUUUGUGGAGGAGAUGAGAUUCGUGGCGAUGAGAUUGCAUACGAAAGAUCAAGCAAGGGAAGGAGAAAAAGAAUCUAGAUCUCCAGAGGAAGGUCCGGUGGCGAAAUGGGAGCCGACUGUGGAAGGAUACUUACAUUUUCUUGUGGAUAGUAAGUUGGUUUACGACACGCUUGAAGGGAUCAUUGAUGGAUCCAAUUUCCCAACUUAUGCUGGUUUCAAGAACACGGGAUUAGAAAGAGCAGAGAGUUUGCGGAAAGAUUUGGAGUGGUUCAAGGAACAAGGUUAUGAGAUUCCAGAGCCAAUGGCUCCUGGUAAAACAUAUUCUGAGUAUUUAAAAGAUUUAGCAGAGAAUGAUCCUCAAGCAUUCAUUUGUCACUUCUACAACAUUUACUUUGCUCAUAGCGCCGGUGGCCAGAUGAUUGGAACAAAGGUAUCUAAGAAGAUACUAGAUAAUAAAGAACUCGAGUUCUAUAAAUGGGACGGUCAACUUUCUCAGUUGUUGCAAAAUGUGAGGCAAAAACUGAACAAAGUUGCAGAGUGGUGGACAAGAGAAGAAAAGAGUCAUUGCUUGGAAGAGACUGAGAAAUCGUUUAAGUUUUCAGGGGAGAUUCUUCGACUCAUAUUGUCCUGAUUUGAUUCAUAAACCUUCAGAUCUUCAAUAGUCAAUAAAGCCUUCUGCUAGUUUCGUGGAACCAAUACGAUUUAAGAGGUUUGUAUGUGAAAUAACUAUGUGACUAUUGUAUUAAUGCGUAAAACAUAUCAUAAUAACCAAACUAUAAAAUUAUUUUCGUG